UCAAUCGCUUCGAUGGAGGUCGUAUCCCAUUAUGACGUCAAUCUCCCAUCUGCCCUCGCUCAGGUCCGCCACGGCCGCGCUCCUCACCGACUCCCAAGCCGACGGCGAAAUCGUGAACGUCUGACAGGACACGCACACACAGACACACACAUACAUACACACGCCGGUCAUUGUGUAUGCGGGCACGCACACUCACCCGCAUGUUUGAGUCGUAUGUGGCUACUGUGUAGAGCUGCCGCCCCUCAUACGCGCUGCAGCCCGCACUCUGGUACGUUUCAUGGUGGGCAGGAUACAUGUCAGCGCCGAAAUCCCCACACACAGUUCCUGACCCCGCCCCCCGCUCGACAGCAUCUGCCAGGCAACGAACCGAGCCGAUGUGGGCUUCUUGCCAACCCCUGGAAGGGUGGUGGAGCAGCGGCGGAGGGGGGCGACGGAGGUGGGGGAGGUGACGGCAGCGCGGCAGGAGGCUGUAGUGUUCUCAGUGUUUGCUGUAUCGUGGACAGUGUUGUCUGUAUCGUGGACAGAUCCGCGCGCACAGCUUAGUCGAAUCGGCUCCUGGAGGUCCACACUGGAUGCCUUUAGGCGGCAGGUCCCCGUCACCGCGACUGAGCUGAUGACAUAUUUGCCCUUGCUUGUCCAGUUGCGCAGCCCCCUGCCCGUUUUGUCCUUUAGCUUGAAGACGAGGGGCUGUAUCUUGAAGUCGUAUUGCAUUUGAAGGGACUGGAUGGCCGUCGGUGGCUCGUCGCUGGGGGGAGGCGGUGGCCCGACCCCGUGGACGUAGGGCUGCGCCUUGGCGACUGGGGGUGUGGGUGUAUGUGUGUCUGUCUCUGUUGUUGGCGUGCGGGGAGGGGGCGGGGAAGGGGAAGGGUGGGGUGGCACGGUCGGUACGCUGGGCUGGCUGGUGGUGUUGUUGGUAGGUGGAGAGGAGAACUGCGGGCCAGGUGGAGUGACGAAAUGGGCAUUCUGAGGGCGCACACAUAGUCAACACGACACGACGCGUACAUACACACAUGGUCGAUUCGUUCGUGAGUUGUGUUGUGUUGUGUUGUGUCGGGUAAGUGGUCAUCCGUACGUACCUGUGGAUUCAUGGCUGUGUUGUUGUCCACGGCGUUGGAUGAACUCGGCUGCACAUGGGGGUCACGAGACACAUCCUGCUAGAAUACACAAACCGACAAAGAGGGAAAAAAUGCCGUUUCGUAUGCCUGUGUCUAUCUGGAUACGGGGACACUGACGCACCGGUGUGUUGGUGUAGGGGGUGAUGUUGUGAGGGAGUGUCGGUGGCGUCUGAUGUCUACCGGUGUCGUACGCAUCUACUUGUCCCCUGCCACGGCCCGCGCCCUGCACGAAGGCAGGCCGAUUUAGCAACACACACACAACCGAGGAACAUCCGUGUGUACCUGAGGCAUUGCGGCAGGGCAGGCGUAACCCUGAGGCUGCGGGUACUCACCACCCUACACAACCCACAGGCAGGCAGAAAGAACAACCACACACGCAGCGCCCACAUCCGCAUAACAACCGUAAGUGUGCUGUGUGUUGUGUCGCUGCCAACCGCUGCCGCUCCGAUUCCAUCUCCUCAUACACCGUCUUAAACACGCCCUUCGUCGACUCCGAGAGGACUCCGAUCUUGAAUGCUCUGAAGUCGCUGCUGCUGUUGACGUAGCCACCCCUGACGGCGCCGCGCGUGCCCUCGCCCACCAGGGACGGCAGCCGCACCUGUAUGCCGUCGGGCUUGGUCAGGACGGGCUCGUCGAAAAACAU